AUGAGAACGACUCUUUCUCGUUAUCAUCCCACCGACACCGCCCUCGCGCCUCCACGCCACACGGGGUGCGACGGCAACGCGCCGUCGCGAUGCCGCCUCGCGAAUACGCAAGCGCGCCUCCGCAUGUGGAUGUAUCUGUAUCCUUUGCGCGGAAAAAAAAUGGAAGCGUCGAUGGAAGUGGAAAGUUCCGUAAAAUUUUCACCAGCGGAACGCGAGGCUGUUCUGGAGAUCUUAGAGGAAUGCGCGGACUCAUUAGUCAUUUAUUAUUAUACUCUGAGACAACAACUGGAGAUGAGAAGUGAUACUUCUAAUUUUUAUCCCGAUACUGAAAUUUCGGAAAUGUCAAUUUUACAGGUCAUUUAUCGGAACGUCGCGGAGAUGACGAAUUCACGGAGGGAAGUUGUGUGUGAAAAACUUCAACAAGAGAGUUUGUACGUGAGCGAUAUAAUACAAAAAUUGAAGCGAGAAAUUAGCGAGCGCGGAACUAUCGAGGUACUAAGCAAGGAAAUAGAGAAAAUCACAUGGCAGGAGGAACAGGAGCGCUUUGUAUCGGAAGAGAAUGAAAGAAAGCAGACUAUCUUAGCGGAGUUACGAAAAACGAUUGUCGAUAAGAAAACGUCGAACGAGAAGGAGGAAGAAAGUUUAACAAAGAAGCUCACUUUAACACGGGACGAGAAGCUGAAACUAAAAUUAAUUAAGGAUGUAGAGAUGAGAUAUGUCCGAGCUUGGGAAACAGCACGUCGAGAGCAAAACGUACUGCGCUACAAGUUAAAGAUAGACGAACUGGAGAAGACUUUAAAUAAUUAUUACAUACAAGAGAAAAACGAAAAUUGCGUGAAUAAAGAAUUGACACGUUAUCUGACAUGGCGUAUAGCGUUCAUCGAGAAACGAAUCGAGCAAUGGCAGGAGAGAUAUGAUCGAGAGAAGAAAAUAUAUGAGAAAGAGAUUCAUAAAGUACGCAAUGAGAUAGAAGACGCUAGGAAAUACUUGGAGCAGCUCACAACGGAGUACUGCAGCAAUCAGGAAUUUAUCGACACAUAUCUCGCGGAGCAGGAGGCACUCCGAAGGCAAAAGGAACACGAGGAUCACGUGCAACGUUGCACAAUCAGGAUCCAAGCUUGGUGGCGGGGCGUCAUGGUGCGCCGGAAGUUGGGGCCGUAUCGACCCGAGGAGAAAAAGAAGAAGCGGCCUGUUAAGACGAAGAAAGUAACUUCCCUCCAGCUGAGUUAA